GCCGCCAUGAGCGCUCCCGGCCCCGAUCCCGAUCCUGCUGCCCCCGAUCCCGCCGCUCCCGAUCCCGCCGCCGGCUCCAGCUUCGGCCCGCUGCUCCAAACCCUGGAGGAUCCCUCCGCGCCGCCGGGAGAGCUGACGGACGCGCACCUCACCAUCGUCAGUCGCUUCACUGGUGAAGGAGGCAAAUCAUUCAUUGCAGAUGUCAGGAAACACUUCCCUCAGCUCUGCAAGGUGUUCAAGGCACACAUUUCCAGUCCAAACUUGGAGCUCAGUAAUGCAGCAUUGCAGGCCUUGGGAUUCUGCACUUUUAAUUCAAGUAACACAGCUGAAUUAUCUGCCACUGAAAGCCAGGAGCUGCUGGCAGCCGUGAACAGCGUGGCUGUGAAAUCCUCGGACAAAAACACUCGCACUCGGGCACUUUGGGUCAUUUCCAAGCAGGCUUUUCCUCCAGAGAUUGUUCAAAAAGAGGUGUCCAACAUUCUCUCCACCCUGGAAGCAAUCCUGACCAAAGGAGAAGUUCAGUCUGUUGUGGUGGAAUAUGAAGCACUUAAUGUCAUUAUACGCUUAGUGGAACAAACUCCAGCCCAGAUGGGAGAAGAGGCUGUGAGGUGGGCAAAGCUGAUCCUCCCUCUGGUUGUCCACUCUGCUCACAAAGUGCAGCUGAGAGGUGCCACUGCCUUGGAGAUGGGGAUGCCCCUGCUCCUGCAGAAGCAGCAGGAGGUGGCAGCUGUCACUGAGCACCUGAUGACCACAAAAUUAAUUUCAGAACUCCAGAAACUCUUCUCUGCCAAAAACGAGACCUUCGUGCUCAAGCUGUGGCCCCUGUUUGUCAGGUUGCUUGGCAAGACCCUGCACCGCAGUGGCAGCUUCAUCAACUCCCUGCUGCAGCUGGAGGAGCUGGGGUUCCGCAGCGGCUCCCCCGUGGUGAAGAAAAUUGCCUUCAUUGCAUGGAAGAGCCUCAUUGAUAAUUUUGCCCUAAAUCCAGACAUCCUGUGCAGUGCUAAAAGGCUGAAACUGCUGAUGCAGCCCCUGAGCUCCAUCCAUGUGAGGACAGAAGCUCUGGCACUCACCAAGCUGGAGGUGUGGUGGUAUUUACUGAUGAGGCUGGGACCUCACCUGCCCUCCAACUUUGAACAGGUUUGUGUCCCAUUAAUCCAGAGCACCCUGAGUGUGGAUCCUGCUGCUGCAUUCCCAGGAACUCCCUCACGCCCCAACACCCCCAGCCUGGGCUCAGCAACCCCUGGGCAGAAAUCAGGUCCUUUUCCAUUUGUGAGCCCAGGCACUCCCAGGAUGGCCCUGGGCAGCCCAGCAGGAGUGCUGCAGUUCCCUUCCAUCCAGCUGCUGGCCAUCGAGAUGCUGCUCCACUUCCUCAUGGGACCGCAAGUUGUGGAUUUUGCAAAGCAAAACAAACUCGUGCUUAGUUUAGAGCCUCUCCAGUACCCACUGAUCAGUAGCCCUUCUUUUUUUUGUAAGCAUGCCAGCACUCUGAUCAAUGCUGUUCAGGAUGGCUUUGUUGCAAUUGGAAAAGAAGUCCCUGAUUGUUUGCUGAAUGUUAUCUGGAAGGACAUGAAUGGAUAUGUAAAAACAGCAAUUGAAGCAGGAAAUAAGAAAGAAAAACAAGGCUCAGAAAUCCUGACCAUGUUACUCCAGGCCUUAAAAAACACUGUGAGAUCAAAUUCUCUGCCUGUGCAGAAAAUCCUGUCUCUCAUUGAUAUCACUGUCAAGGAGUUGCCUCCAAAAGUUUUGGGAUCCCCAGCUUAUCAGGUUGCUGAUAUGGAUCUUUUAAAUGGAACUCCAGCUUUGUUCCUGAUCCAACUACUUUUCCACAACAAUCUCUUGGACUGCUGUGUGACAGAUGAGAGAUUCUUUGAGAUUCUGGAAACCCUGGUGGGUUUUGCCCUGUCUGGCCCCACCUCUGCCCUGGCUUUCAGUGACUCUGUGCUGGGGGUCAUUGCUCAGAGUGCAAAGCAGCUGGGCAGCAAGGAGCACCUCUGCAGGAUGUGGAGCAUUGUGGUCAAUCCUCUGACUGAGUGGAUUAAUCAGAAUAACGAGGUGAACCAGGGGGAUGCCCUGGAGCACAACUUCAGUGCUGUGUACAGUGCUUUGCUGCUGCCAGUAUCCCACAUUUUCCCCACUCAGGGAUUCCCACAGCCAACUUUGAAGUCCUUGCUGCGCUCUUGGUCAGACCUGUACCGAGCUUUCGCUCGCUGUGCUGCUCUGGUUGCAACAGCAGAAGAAAACCUGUGCUGUGAAGAACUUUGUGCCAAAAUACUAUCUGGGCUAGAAGGUGAAACUCCAGUAGUGUUUCCCAUGCUGGAAGGUCUCACCCACCUUGUGUCAGUCAUGGUUGACUGCAUCAACUUUGCCCCCUAUGGGACAAAAUUCCAGCCCAAAAAUAGAUCCCCGCAGACCCCCACGGACUGGGCUAAGAAGAAGAAGGAGCCCCUGGGCAAGCUCAGCUCCCUGUUCAAGCUGCUGCUGCUGCUGCUGAGCUCCUUCCACGAGCUGAGCUCUCAGGAGGAGCUGGCAGAGCCCCUGGGGGCCCUGGGACCCUCCCUGCUGGGUGCCCUGCAUGCCCUGCUCAGCCACAUCGCGCUGCCCUCGCUGCUGGGAGCCGCGCUCGGCAUCUUCGGGCAGCCCCUGGCCCUGUUCUACGAGAGAAACAGGCUCCCUGAGGCCCCCAAGGUCUACAGCAACCUGAACAACAAGCUGGAGAAGCUGCUGGCAGAGAUCCUGCAGUGCCUGCAGUGCCACUGCCCGGGCUCCUGUGACUCGGAGCUGCUGCAGCAGCUCAGCCCCCUGCUCUGCGUGGCCUUCCAGCACAGGAACAAGCAGCUGCGGCAGCAGAGCGCCCAACUCUGGAACUGCACCUUUGCCAAGGCCUCCUCACUCACCUACCCCCAGGAACUCAAGUCUGUGUUAAGCCAAGCCAAAAAGAAAAUCCCUCUGCUGCUGCCUGGUUUUGAAAGCAUUGAGAUGUCUGAGGAGUGCAGUGGCCCCUUCUCUGACAUGAUGGAGAAUUCCCAGCUGGAUGCAACGAUCGGUGGGAUGGAUGUGAAGGUGGGCCAGAAACGAGAUUCAAUAUUGGCACAGACAAGUGAACCAAAAAAUGAUGGCAAAGACAAGUCCAGCAACGUGCAAGCAACCCCUGCCAAGUUAAAACUAGAAUUUUCAUCUCCUAAGACAACAAGUGAGAAGCUUCUGGAAGAGGAGAAAUCUGUUGAUUUUGUGUUUAUUCCUCCAGAAACAAAACCAAGAAUAUUGACAGAACAUCAGAAAGAAGUGCUUAGGUCAAAGAGAGCUGAUAUUCCUGCCAUGUACAACACCCUGGAUGCCUCCCAGGACACCAGCUCGUUUUCCCAGUACACCCAGAGCCAGGAGGAUUCUCUGGAGGUGCCACCUUUAGUGGAAAAUGCCAAAGAAGAACCUGCAGACCAAGCUCAGGACAAACACUUUGCUGUUGAUGUUUUGGGACAGGAGGAGAAGGCGGAGAGUGAAGGAUGUCACUCAGAGGAGAGCCCGGCCUGCAGCGGCGAGGGGGAGGCCAAAAAUGAGACAGCUGAGAUGAUCCCAGAGGAACCAUCCAUUGGAGAGGCAAUGGAGACCAGUUCUGUGGAAGCAGCUUCCCAGGAGGCCCCAGCAGAGAAGGAGGACACCUCAAAUGUCACCAGCAGCUCAACCUCCAGUGACAUCAUCUCCGGCACGCCCCAGCCCGUGAGCCGGCGCCAGUCCUUCAUCACCCUGGAGAAAUUUGGGUCUGCAGAGAGCAGGCCCUUCAGCCCAGCCCCCCUGAGCUCUGUGCUGGAGCUGCCUGGGACUGUUCCUGAGGCAGCCCCACAGGAGAACAGCAGUGGCAGCAAGGCCAGUGCUAAGGCAGAGAAAUCUGGAGAGGAAAAUAAAGACACUCCCAAGUGCGAGCGCAGGGUGACGCGGCGGCAGAGCAAGAUGGAGCUGCAGGGCAAUAAAUCCAAGCUCCAGGGCAGGUCAGAGGAGUCCCUGGCCUCUGACAGCCUGGAAGGCAGUGCUGAGCUGGGCUCUGCAGGGGAGGAUGCCCUGCUGAGCCAGUCCCAGGCUCUGCCCUCCUCAGAGCCAGACAGCCAGAAAACCGAGGAUGCAGCCCCAGAAGCGGAAAAUAGCCAGGAGCUGGACAUGGACUCGAAAGAAAACACCCCCCCAGACAGCAGCAGCUGCUCUGAGCAGACCCCAGGGGAUGAGAGCCAGGUGCCAGCAGCAUCCCCUCACCAGAAACAGCUCCGGCGCUCCGCCAGGAGACGCCCUGAGACUCUGGAGAGCUCAGGGAGCCAGGAGAGGGAAGAUGGGCUCCCAAAGAGAGACAGGAGGAAAGAGGAGGUGAAGAAGGAGGAUGGGCUCCCAAAGAGAGACAAGAAGAAAGAAGAGAAAGAGGAUGGGCUCCCAAAGAGAGACAAGAAGAAAGAAGAGAAAGAGGAUGGGCUGCCAAAGAGAGACAGGAGGAAAGAAGAGAAAGAGGAUGGGCUCCCAAAGAAAGACAGGAGGAAAGAGGAGGAGAAGAAGGAGGUUGGGCUCCCAAAGAGAGACAGAAGGAAAGAGGAGGAGAAGAAGGAGGAUGGAUUCACAAAGAAAGACAGGAGGAAAGAGGAGGAGAAAGCCGGGCAGAAGAAGCUGUCCCAGGGGAAAGGAGAUGGAUCCCAAAAGCAGAAAGGAACUCCUGGGAAAACAACAGAAAGCACGAAAGAGAGCAGCCAAGCUGAGAGAGUGGCAGAGGAGAGGAGCUCCAGGGACUCUGCUGCUUGCAAGGGCCUGGAGGAGGAGGGGAGCAGAGGUGGCAGGAGGGCAGAAGAUUCCCCCAAGCCUGAGGGGGAGGCUCAGGGCAGCCUCAGCACUGCAGGGCAGAGGGUGGAGCGCCCACGCUACCACACCAGGAGAUCCUCCCAAGGUUUACUGUCCAGCCUAGAAAACUCUGAAGCUGACAGCUCUGAGGGCAAGGAGGAGAGCACAAAGAAAAAGAAAGCCAUAAAAGUGAAGAGUAAAAGCAAUUCUCUUGAAGGAAAAUUGAAAGAGGGACAGGCAGGGAGCCAGAGCCUUGAGGAAUCUUCCCAGGAAAAUGAAGCCAAGAGUCCAGUGGAGCCAAGUAAAGGUGAUGCUGAGGUCAGCACGGUGCCAGCUGCUGCAGAGCCAGCUGCUGCAGAGCCAGCUGAUCCAGGUGGCCUGGAGAGCCAGGAAAUUCCUGCAACUGCUGGAGAAGCUGUGGGGUCUGGCAGCUCUGAGAGUUCAGGUGCUCUGCAGGACACCAGCGUGGAGCAGAGCAAGGGUGAUGCAUCCAUGGAGUCUCUGAGCAGCCCCUGCGUGUCUGAGCAGGAUGGGAAAGCAGCAGAGGAGAGCAAACAGGAGGAGAAGCAGAGCAGCCCAGAGGACUGUGCAGAAGCAGCUUCAGAUGCUGAGCCCUCCUCUGUGCAAAGCCAUGUGUGCCAGAGCAAGAGAAGCAAAAGGGUGAAAAAAAUGAAGAGCUGUGAUUGCUGCUUCAAAAAGCCAAAGCAGCAGGUGACUGAAGAAAAGUUGACUGAGCUAAAGAAGGAGGAAGAUCCUGAGCUGGAGGAGGCUGAGAGCAGCCCAGCUCAGACACCUGAGGAUGUUUGUGGUCACUCAGACCUGGAGGAGAGCUUGGCCCUGGCUCCAUGUGGGAUGAGCACUCCAAUGCACACUCCCAAGGAGCUCAACACCUUCAGCUUGGAAAGCCAGGGAAUGGCUCUGGAAAACCUGGAGGGCAGCAGCGUGGUGGUGGAGGAGGAGAAACCAGAGAAUCCAGAGGGUUCAGCUGCUGAAAGCACCGAGUCCAUGGAGGAAAUCAAGGAACCUGCUGAGCAGAAAGAGCAAACAGAGCAGGUUCUGCCUGAGAGUGUUGCUGAAGAGCCCAGGGAGAGCUGCCUGGACUCAGGGGACCAAGGGGAAGAACCAGCAGCUGCAGAAAAGGAAGAAAUAAAUGAAAAUGGACAACUGGAAGAGGUGCCUGAGGAGCUGAGUGUUGACAGCAAACCUGAGGAGAAAGAGAUGAAGGAGAGAGAAGGAGAUCAGGAGGUUAAAGAAGCUGAGACCUCUGCUGUAGAAACUUGUGUUCCAGAUGAAGAGAUGAAGGAUGAAUCGGUGAAAACUGAAAUAAAAGUGCCUGAGAAUGUGGCCUUGGCAAACACGAGCGUGGAUUCCCCUCUGAAGGUGGAAGGGGGGCCCCAAGUGCAGGUGGCUGAAAGCCCCACCAGCCUCCAGGCCCGCUGCACCUGGUCCCCCUCAGCCUCCCCCUCCACCAGCAUCCUGAAGAGAGGGGUCAAAAGGAGCCAGGAGGAUGAUUCCCUGUCCCCUGCCAACAAGAUCCGUCGAGUCUCUUUUGCAAAUCCCAUUUUCCAGGAGGGCCUGGCAGACGACAUCGACAGGAGGAGUCCUGUCAUCAGAUCCCAUUCCUCACCCUCCUCCAGAAGUCUUAAAAUCCUCUCUAACAUGCAGCACAUUACCACUCCAACCAAAGGAUUUCUGUCCCCAGGAUCUCGUACCCUUAAAUUUAAGAGCUCAAAGAAGUGUUUAAUCACAGAAAUGGCCAAGGAAUCUCUGCCGUGCCUUACGGAAUUUGUGUAUCCUGCCUUGGCUGGCUGCAAAGCUCCUGUGGAUGUCAUCUUACCUCAGAUCACAUCCAACAUCUGUGCCAGGGGUCUGGGGCAGCUCAUCCGAGCCAAGAACAUCAAGACUGUGGGAGACCUGAGCACUCUGACAGCUCUGGAAAUCAAAACUCUGCCCAUCCGCUCCCCCAAAGUCUCCAAUGUCAAAAGAGCCCUGAAGGGAUACCAUGAGCAACAGGUGAAAUCUCGGGCGCUGGAGGAGAGCUCAGUGUUUGAAGAUGCUGAAAAACCUGGGAACAACGUGGAGGAGAAACCCCUGGGUGGAGAUGAGGAAAAACUUGCAGCAGAUUUGGCGGAAGCCCCCCCGAGCAGCGAGCAGCCCCCGGUGGAUCUGCUGGGGCAGAUCCAGGCUCUGGCUGCCCAGCUGAGCUCAGAGGAUCUGCAUGGCUACUCUGGCAGGCAGCUCUUUGAGAUGCAGGAGAAGCUGGCAGGGAUGGCCUCGUGCAUCCUGAGGAACCUGCAGGCUCGCUGGCACUCCCCUCCCCACGAGGGCCCCGAGUAGCUGCAGCUCCCCAGGAGUUUGGGUACAACACUUUUCUCCCCAUUUGUUUUCCUUACUGCUCAGUUACUCCUUAAAUCUGCAUUUUGUGCUAUAGGAUAUUUUUCAACACCUGGAUAAAUUUGCUCUUUUUGUUUUGGUUUUUUUUGGUUGUUGUUGUUUGGUUUUUUGUUGUUGUUUGAAUUUUUUUUUCUUUUUCAUUUUUUUUGUUAUUUUUUUUCCCCUCCUAAUUUGUGGGACCGUUUCCUCCCUGGCACAGGUGUUCCUAUGGGAUUGCUAUGCAUCUUCCUUUCAGGCAGUGCAACAAAACCUGACAAAGCUGUGCAAUAGCAAAGACUGUGAAAAACCAAACCAAGAGAGUAAUUAAAUUAUUUUUUUCAAAUCCAAAGUGUUCUUAGUGCUGCAGACUCUUGCUGUGGGGUGAGAGCUGCCAGCUCUGCCCCCUUCCCAGCCCAGCUUUGGAGCUGCUGAACUCUGCAGCAGGAGGUGAGCUGAGCUUCAUUCCUUCCAGCAGGAGCCUGGGAUUUGUACUGGAUCUAUUUUUCCAUGUAUUUUUGUACAAUUCAGGAUGAGGAGUGCUGAGGAAAAUGUGCUUGGAUGGGAGAAAGACUCUGCAAAGCCUCCCAGGCUUUGCCCCAUGGCCUUUGCUGGCAGCAGUUCUCCUUGUGGGAAGAAUUUUUUGUCUUUUUUUUCCAUGGGGAAAUGGAUGAGUUGGACUAGAGCUCUUUGUAUAUUGUGUACAGACUCACAGCAGAUGUUGGGUAAUAAUUUAUGGAGUUUUAAUUGCAUGGACUGCAUUGCUGCUGCUUGGAGACCUUCAGCCAGAAUUCCCAGUUUUCCCUCUGGAAUUCUGAUCUGUAUAUAUUGGACUGUAGCUGUGCAGAUGGAUGUUUAUUGAAAGGAACUGCUGCAGGUGGUUUUAGACCUUUUACAUGGGCAAAUAAAAGAGCAAAUAGUUCCCAGA